CCACUUUCAUAUUCUCUUUCUAGCAAACAUAUUCACAAUAGAAAGAGAGAAAAAAAGGGAUUAUUUUUAGUUUUUAAUUUUUGUAAAAAAGCAGAAGAAGAAGCAGAAGAAAUGGAAGGUGGAGAAGAUGAUAAAAUGAAAGGAAAGAAAUGAAUCUCCUAAUUAAAACUCCACUUUCUUUUCUUUCCCUCUGCUUCUCCUAAAAGCCAAACUCUCUGUCACACUCUUCAGAACCCAAAGCAGAAGCAACAGCAGCAGCCAUAACAGAAGCAGAAGCAGAAGCAAAAUUAUAAAAUCCCCUUCAAGAACAAAAAAAAUUUUAAAAAAAGGAAAAGGAAAAGAAAGAAGAAAAACAAAAUCUCCCUCUUCUUCCCUCCCUUUUUCUGUCUACAAAAUCUCUCUGCUACAAAUUCAGAGAAAGACCCCACUUCCCAUAUAACACCUACAUAGAUUGUGUUCCACCUCCCUAAAUCUUUUUCCCUUCAAACCCCAUCUCAGUUUAACUCCAUUUCUAUUCAUAUAUUCUUUCAAAAUUUAAUUUUUUUUUGUUUAUAUACAUAUUUACAUAUAUAUAUAUUUCCAUAUUUAACCCCAUCCUCCACCUUCAGUUGUGGCUACUACAAGGCGGUUACCUUCAGAUUCCGGCGCUUUUGCAGAUUGGGCGGCACCCUCUUCCUCAGCCGCCCGUGCUGCUCCUCCUGAUGAUCUUUCUCUUGGUUUCAAUGCUGCUCCCUCCGCCGCACCUCCUCCUGGACCUCCUGUCUCCAUGUGGUCCGCUGCUGCUCAGCGUUCUCUCAAUUACGGCUUUGGAUCCGAGAUGGGAAUGGUUGGUCUUCGUGAUGUCUACGUCGUUGCUCCGGCUUCUUCUUUCAACCAAAAUCCUCAACAACACGAUGUUAAUCUCCUCUCCGAUCCUCAUUCUCUCGCUGUUUCCAAUCCUGCCACUGCUCUCGGCGUUGGUGUAGGCGUUGGGGUUAUUCCGCUACUUACCGCCGGUCCCUGCCUUGGAGUGGAGGAGGAGAAUUUUUUCGGUAAUCGUAGUAACAGAGGUGGAGGGAUUCAGUUUCAACAAUCGACGCAACAUUAUUUAAAGAAAACGCCGUCGGGUUCUCUCGAUCAUGUUUCCGGUACUAAUAACGAGUUAAUCGGUGGUGGAAUCGGGGGUUCUGGUGGUUUGGCUUCGUCUUCGUCGGCGACGACGACGUGUCAGGACUGUGGUAACCAAGCCAAGAAAGAUUGUAGUCACAGACGGUGUAGAACUUGCUGUAGAAGUCGAGGGUUCGAUUGUGCUACUCACGUGAAGAGCACGUGGGUUCCUGCUGCUCGACGGAGAGAACGGCAACUUAUGGCGGUUACUGCUACCGCUGCCGCGGAUGGCUCCUCCGCGUCCACCUCCGGCGCGAAGAAACCCCGGCUAAUUCCCUCGCAAACGACUUCUCAUACCUCCACUUCCAACACCACUCCUCCGAGAAGCCUCGAUACGAGCUCCAGUCAUCAAGAUGCUGGGAAUAAAGAGGCACUGCCGGGGCAAAUACGAGCACAGGCGGUGUUCAAGUGCGUGAGAGUGACGGCUGUGGACGACGGCGACGACGAGUAUGCGUAUCAUGCGAUGGUGAAAAUUGGGGGCCAUGUGUUCAAAGGAUUUUUGUACGAUCAAGGCGUUGAAGCAGGAGACGGAUUUCCUAAUGUAUCAGAAUUGCAUUUAGGCGACGGUGGCGGUGGCGGUGGAACCAUGAAUAAUCGGAAUGGUUCAUCUUCUUCCCCGCUUGUUGAUCCAUCGGAUGUUUACAAUACUGCCGGCUCCGGCAGCGGCGGCGUCCCGGGUUUUCUUGGUGGAUCAAAUUAUGGUAAUCAAAUUAGUUGAUAUAUAUAUAUAUUAUUCUGAUUUUCUUAACAGUUCAACAUUCUUCCCCAAAUCAAUGGGAAGGGAACUAACCAAUCUUAUCUUUAGAAAAUCUCAUUUUAUUUAUGUCUAAUCUGAUUGUGUAUAACUAAUUUCUCUCAACUCUGAUCUUGCAACUUUCAUAAUGAAUCGAGUCAUUUACAAAUCUGGGGGCAUCUGUUCUUGAAUAUGUUAUGAGGAUUGGUAUCUGUUCUUGCA